CGCCGCUGCUCAAAGGGAGAAUAAAAAGAUGUCCUCGCCAUUCUCCUUCCACUCGCCGAGCCGCACUCUGCAACCUGAAACGGUUGUGUCAGCUAUAGCAAGAAGCGCGACGUUGGCGAAGAGUCGGAGAUCGGAAAUCCACCUGAUUCUCUCCGCUCUCCUCUCCUCCUCCAUCGUAGGGUUUGAUUUGAGCUUGAGUUUUUGAGUUCAGAAAUCCGGAUCAAUGACCUCCGAGAAGGAAUUGGUGGACGGUCUUCAAGAAGUCGGGAAGCAGCUUGAGUCUCCUCCCACCGACGUCGACGAUCUCCUCUCCCUCCUCGACCAAACUGAGAGUCUCUUAACAAGAGUCCAUCAAUCACCAAGUCAGUCAAUUAUAGAUGCACUUCGUCCUGCCAUGAAGAUGUUGGUCGACAAGAGGCUUUUGAGUCAUUCAGAUGACAAUGUGAAAGCGAUAGUCGCUUCAUGUACCAAUGAGAUUACCAGAAUCACUGCCCCUGAAGCUCCAUAUAAUGAUGAUUUAAUGAAGGAGGUGUUCCAGAACAUUGUUGACACACUUGACAAAUUGGAUGAUAUAUCCAGUGACUCAUUCUUUAGGAGGGUUUCUAUUCUUGACACCUUUGCCAAAGUUCGAUCGUUUGUUGUGAUGUUGGAUCUUGAAUGUGAUGCUCUGGUUUUGAAUAUGUUCCGCAUUUUCCUUAGAACAAUUCGGCCAAAUCAUAGUGAGAGCAUCUUCUCCUCCAUGGAGACCAUUAUGACUGUUUUACUGGAGGAAAGUGAUUACAUCUCCCAAGAGCUUCUCUUCUGUCUUCUGGAUGCUGUUAAAAUUGAUAAUAAAGACACAUUACCAAUUGCUCGCAUGCUUGCAGAAAGAGUGAUCACUGAUUGUGCCCCAAAACUAGAACCACACUUGAGGAAAUUCGCUAAGCCGAGGAAUGUUUUCUUAAGAAAGUAUAGCAAAGUUGUUGCUUCCAUAGUCGAAGGCAAGUCUGGUUUUAGAGGGCAACAAGCCAUAAAUUCUGCCAAUGUUGAGGAACUGGCAAAUACAAAGAGAGAGGAUUCAGAUGGUGAGACUGUUAACAUUACAUCCCCAAAUCUAAACCCCACAGAGAGUUCUGACAAACCAAGAUCAAGAAUAGGUCGUCCACGUGGUUCAAAUAAUUCAGGAACAAAAUUAAAAAUGCUGGCAGGUGCCAAGCGUAAGAUUGUUGGCGAAGUUUCAUCUGCAAAACAGAAUUUUGAGAAAGAUGUUGCAGGAGAGAUGAGGCAGAAGAUGCAAAAACUAGAUGAAAGAUUACUUGGUGAUAGAGUUCAAGUAUGGUGGCCAGAGGAUCAGCAGUUCUACACUGGCAAGGUUAUCCAGUACAAUCACCUCACUAAAAAACAUAAGAUCUUAUAUGAUGAUGGGGAUGUGGAGACACUUAUGCUCAAGGAAGAGCGUUGGAUGUUUGCCAGUGAAACAAGAACAUCCCCGACGUCUGAUCUUACUGAACAUGCAAAAGAUGCUAAUGAUGCUUCUCUGGACGACAAAGCGGCAAAGAUAAAAUCAAAUUCUACAGCGGGAGAAAUAUGUGUGCAGACAGCAAUAAAAAGUCCUGCAAGUUCUGAACUGCCGAAGCGAAAAGGCCGACCACCUAAAGUUGGAAGCUCUGGGCAAUCUAAGCCCAAGGAAGAUGUUUCUCCCAAGGUUGAAAAGAAACCUUUGUUCGAUGGCACACAUGAACCUAAAAGCAAAAUCACAGUUGACGAUAAAGAUACACACAGAAGUAAACCUGAUGAAGAGUUAUCGAAACUGGACCAAAAGCCAAAGGAUAUACCUUCCCCGAAUGCAAGUGGUAUUGAACCAAAGACAAGUUUAGAUUCCAAACAAGAGAACUAAAGAUUUGGAGAUGUGGAGGCAUUAUCAAACGUCUUGAAAGAGUUAAGAUUUGAAAUUGAGUUUGUAAUCCUGUUGUAAUCCUGUUGGCUACUGAACUCGGUUCAGGCAAUCACAUUACUCCAAGGAGUUGUCUUAUGAGCUUUUUAA